UUGCUGACAUCUCACGUCCUCCCCGACAGACGGCCAGUCCAACGACAUGGCUCCCCCACAGCUAGGUGCGACCUUCGUCCCCGGCGGCUUCGAUGACUAUUAUAUGCCCGAAGUCGUCGCGCCCUCACCCCAAAGGUAUGUUGCUCUCACUCUCUCUCUCUCUGUAUCCUCUCGUCGACUCUUCCCUCCCACUGCCCCUCUCUCCCCAUUUCCCGCUUUCGCUUUCCCGCUUUCGCUUUCCAGCGUUCGCGUUCCCCAGAUCCCUGGUCCUUUCGUUUCCCUUGACCUGGCCCAAUCCGGUCACAACGGUGAAAGGUGGGGCGCGCUGACGAUUCUUUGACCUUGGUAUCUAGGGUAACCCCUCAGGUCCCUCAAAACAUGCAGGAGGACCUCCAGCGCAUGGAGCUCGAAGCUACCUCUGUCGAGCCCCGAUCCGACGCCGAGUCUCGUCCGCGUCACGGCCGUGAGCCUUCCCUCUCGACCUACAUCAACCCCCGCGGAGCCGAUCCGCCCCGGUCCACGGGUGCCGCCACCAUCUCCGACGAAGACAUUCGAGCAUACCAGUCUGUCAACGACGGCCGGGCCGACCGCCUCGAAACCAUGAACUGGGACGCGCCCUCCUUCUCGCCCUUCCCCAAGGUCAAGGGCGACAAUAUCCCCCCGACUGACGAGGAGAAGGAGGAGAUUCUGUGGAACGCCCGUAAGCAUGUGCUUCACUCCCAGAAUGUUUCCAUGCAAAUCACCUGGGCUCGCGACGUCCUCACUUGGGCCGAAAUCUCCCAAGACGCCAUCACCCGAGAGUAUGUCGACCAAAACCGCCCCGCUACCCCGAGGAUAGAGCACGAGCUGCGCCUCGAUGCCAUCAACAUCAUCACAUAUCUCUCUCAGCAAGAGCACCCCGAGGCUCUCUACAUGCGAUCUAAAUGGCUCGAAUUCGGGAAAUUUGGCAACCGCGUUGACAAGCGUGAGGCCUACAGUGGCUACAAGCGGGCUGCUGAUCUCGGCCAUGGCCGGUCCGAAUACCGAAUGGGCAUGCUGUACGAGCAGUCGAACGACAUGUCCAAGGCCAAGGAACACUACUACCGCGGUCUCAGCCUGAAGGACUCCGCCUCUCUCUACCGCAUGGGAAUGAUGAGCCUGCUGGGCCAGCACGGCGAGUCCAAGGAUUAUCAGACCGGACUCGAGCGUAUACAGGCUGCCGCAGACAGCUCUGACGAGGACGCCCCGCAGGGUGCCUAUGUGUACGGCAUGCUCGUCGGCCGUGACCUCCCCGACAUCACCAUUCCCGAGGGUCUACUGCCUCCCAACACGCAAAUGUCCAAGAUGUACAUUGAAAAGGCCGCCUACUUGGGCUUCGCCAAGGCACAGCUCAAGAUGGGCCAGGCCUUCGAGCUUUGCCAGUUUGGCUGCGAUUUCAACCCUUCCUUUUCGCUGCACUACUAUGGCCUGGCUGCCAAGCAAGGUCUCCCCGAGGCCGCCCUGGGUGUCAGCCGUUGGUUCCUGUUCGGUUAUGAGGGUGUCUUCAAGAAAAACGAGUCGCUGGCCUACAAGUACGCCCAGGAAGCGGCUGCAGCCAAGCUUCCCACCGGAGAAUUUGCCAUGGGUUACUACAACGAAAUUGGUAUUCACGUCGAGAAGAGCGUCAAGGAGGCACGAAAGUGGUACCAGAUCGCCGCCGAUCACGGCAACAAGGACGCUGUCGGUCGACUGGAGUCUCUCAACGAGGACAAGGCAUUGUCCAAGGCGGACCACGAGACGACGACACUGACCCGAAUCAAGUCUCAGCAUGGAUCUCAGCGAGGUGCUAGACCUGAACGAUUCAAGCAGCCCGCCCAGCAAAUGCCUACCCUCAGCGAGAACAGUACCCCUGGAUCUCCAACUUCCGAAUACCCACCCCCAGUCAAUGCACAGCCCCCGGCCAACCCUUCCCGCGUCAACCCGACCGGCUCUCUCGGCCUCCAGCCAACUCUCGUCUCUGAGCACGUCGACUUCCCUGACCCUUCCCGGGCUUCAUUCGUCAUCCCAGCCGGAGACCGACCUCCAGCCUUCAACGUUAGGCUUGACUCACAUCAGCCACCGGCUCGACCGGCGUCGGCAGCUCCUUACCCAGAGGAUGAUAGACCUCAACCCCUUAACUUCCGCUCCAAGUCCACAGCACCCUACCCCGAGGACGAUGUGCGGAACCCCAGAUCCCCACAGCACAACAACGGUGGUCGGUUCGGCCAGGGACCGCCCUCAGACCGACCGUCCAGUGCCUUUGGCAUCAAGCCCCAGACCGGCGGCCCUCGACCAAUGCCGGCGUCCCAGUCUAUGGGUAACCUUCAGCCUCCCGGCGGUCGUCCCGACCCACGCGGCCCGGACCCCCGUGGUAGGAACACAUCUGGUGGCUGGGAUGCUCAAGGCCAAGCCCCGCCUGGAAACUUUCGACAGGGUCCUCCCGGGCCUGGCGGACCUGGUGGUGGUCCUGGUGGACAGGGUGGCCGUGGUGGACCCGGCGGACCCGGUGGACCUGGCGGACAUCCUUAUCCCGAGGACGAUGGGUAUGGACGGUCGGCCAAUGCUCCAUACCCGCCCAGCGGUGCCGGUGCUGGUGGACGACUGCAGCAGCCACCUCCAGGCGGUCAGUUCCCCCCUGGGCAAAACCCGAACUACGAGCGCUUCUCUCGCGUGCCUGGCGCUGCCGGUCGUCCUGAGCGGAUGAGCUCCCUCCCUCAGAACCAACAGGUACCACCCCCACAACACUCGCCACAACACUCGCCACAACACCCGCCACCGCACCAAGGACCAUCAGCAGGAUAUCCCGGAGGUCCCGGCGCGCCGCCCCGAGCACCAAGUGCAGGACCACCUCGGCCUCCCAUGGCUGCUGCUGCUGGAGGACCCGGCAGAGUUGGAAGUGCGCCGGCUCCCCAGAACCAGAGGCCUGAUAAUAGGCCAAGCCCUGGCCCCAGUGCUGCAUCGGCACCCCCCUCGAAGGCCCCCGCCAAACAAGGCCCAGCCACGUUUGAGGACAUGGGCAUUCCGCAGGGCAAGCAGGAUGGCGAUUGUGUCGUCAUGUAAGGACCACGGUCAGAGAAUGUGGCAAGUAAUGAGUUGCCACACGAUGGAGCGAGUCUCGGUGCAA